ACGUAAAUAUGUGACGUCAUCAGCCGGGACAUGGCGCCGGCCAGUCUGCUGUCUCUCAAUAUUUAUCGUAAUUUACAGUGUUUUUCUUGUGUGAGGAGCAGACUACUGGGGUGAUUUGUGCACAGUGACGUCAUUAGCACAUGGCGUCACCACCACCACCACCGCCGCCGUCAGCUGGUAGGGAAGGCCGGAGGAGAGGCUGAGUGACGGAUAAUCUGUGGCCACCUGUUGUUUACCUGCCAAUAACUCACGACUCACAGUAAGAGCGACAUUGAUCAACACAAGGCUGAUAACACCAAGGUACACACCAGAUCAAGAAGCAACACCAAGGAGGUCACUCACAUCGCACUAAACAACGAGUGACAAUGCUGGAGAUUAUAAUGAUCGUGUACCAGUAUGUGCUGCUGCUGUGUGACUUUGCUGCAUUGCUGUGGCGGUGUGUGGUGUUGACCCUGACCGCAGUGUGGCGCACCAUCAGCCCAGCACCACUAGCAUCACUGGCGGGGGAAAUCGUGCUGGUGACAGGGGCAGGACACGGCAUCGGCAGGGAGCUUAGCCUACAGUUUGCAAGGCUCGGUGGAAGAGUGGUCUGUUUGGACGUCAACGAGGCAACAAACAGGAACACAAAGGAGGACAUACUGAGAGAGGGUGGAUCUGCGUGGGCGUUUAAGUGUGAUGUUGGUAACAGAGAUGAAGUGAAAAGUGUGUGUGCCAAGGUCAGGCAGGAGGUCGGUGAGGUCACAGUGCUGGUCAACAAUGCCGGGAUCAUGCCCUGCAAGCCAUUCCUGCGACACACGGCAGACGAGGUCAUCGAUGUUUUUCGCGUCAACGUUUUCGCGCAUUUUUGGCUGGUGCAGGAGUGGCUACCCAGCUUCCUAGAGGCAGGGAGAGGCACCAUUGUCGCCCUGUCGUCAAUUGCAGGGCUGGUGGCGACUUCCAAUUUAGCUCCUUAUUGUGCUACGAAAUUUGCUGUCAGAGGGCUGAUGGAGGGGCUGACGGAGGAACUGAGAUACGCGAAACGGCAUCCAAACAUCCAGUUGACGUCUGUGUAUCCGUUUGUCGUGGAUACCGGCCUGGCCCAGCGCCCUCGGAUCAGGUUCCCAUCCCUCAACCCAGUGACCUCAGCCAGCCAAUGUGCAGCGCUGGUCAUCGAGGGGGUCAGGAGGGGAGAGGAAGUCAUCUGCAUACCUACCAAAGACUAUUAUGGGUCACUGGCUUGUCAAUGCUAUGCCGAGGGAAGUCCGCAAAGCCUUCUUAGAUUUUAUGGAUACUGGCGUGUAACCAAUAAGUACUUAAAUACCUCCCUAUGCCUUUUAAGUACAAUGGCCACUUAUCAAAGGCUGAGUGGCUUACUUAGAACACUUAAACAGCCCCUUAAGUACCCCGCUGUUAAGUAUGGGGCGAGAAACACUUAUAUUUCCCUGCCAAAGUUGAGAUUUUCGUUACUAAUGGGGUCUGGUGGCGCUGGUGGUGGCGGUAGUGGUAGAUGUUUACAUAUUGGCAACGUGUUUAAACAAAGGGAUAUUCCUGAGUAUCUUCUUGGUUAUAUAAGCCAGGUGACAGCGGAGAGUGACCUUCUGGGAGACGAAUUGGAGGAGGAGGAGGAGGAGAAAGACAUGGAAGAUGACAUAGUGGAUUUUUUGAACACUCGCAUCUUGACGUUCGAAGAGACAGACACCAGCUUUGUUCUUCCCUGCCCCACCUGCCCCAGAAAGAAUGAAGAGGAAACAAAAUUAAACGAAAUAUUUGUCGACAAAAAUUCAGGUUACUUUGUGUGCCCCUGGUGCUGCCGUGACGGGACGUGGGAGGAGUUGAUGGCAUUGCUAGACACGAGAGAAGACUCCCUGACCGCUAACCAACUCAUCGCCUACCUUGAUAGUGCGUUACCUGUGGCGGAGGUGGCGGAUGACUGGCUUAACGAGUCCCCGCUGAAGAAUAUCAGCCGAGUCACCCUUGAGAAAUUUGCCGCACGGGUCACCGCUGACAGGUCCCGCCUUCUUCUCCCAGUCACUGAUCACCUGGGAGACACUGUGGGAGUAGAGAGUGUGUCCCUGUUGCACCACCUCCCCCAGAUAAUUCGUCGUUUCGUCACCGGCCAAUCACGUGUCUUCUCCCCUCCAACCACCACCACCACCACCAGCAGGAGAGAGCGAGUGGUAGUGGUGCCAACUUGCUGCGAUGUGCUGACAUUGGCUGAGUGUGGUGUGUAUGCGGUGUCUCUGCCCUCUGAAGAUGUGUCAACGUUGGAGCAACACAUUGCGACCUAUGACCUGACAGAGGUGCUUGUGUGGUGUCGCGGCCUUCCCCCUCCACGCCCCCUCCUGCUUGCCCUCAUCCAGACUGGGGUGGCUUGUUCUCUAGUACAGUCAGCCGAGAACGACACACCUGUUUACCUCAAAUCAGGGACAGAGAUAAAGACAUCCCUGAACAAGACCAUUCCUGUCCUGUCCAGCGCCACCACAACCUUCUCUCAGAUCAAAGAUAAAGUGUAUUACAGGCUCACACAUAAGGAAGAGACAUGCGGCGUCCAGUGGCGGAGGUUCGCGGGGCUCAACGACAUCCUUCUGGGGCACCGGCCUGGGGAGCUAACAGUGCUGACUGGCCCAACAGGGUGCGGCAAGACGACCCUGAUGGCUGAGUACUCCCUGGACCUGUGUUGCCAAGGGGUUCCGACGCUGUGGGGAAGCUUUGAGGUAAGUGUGGUGAGGCUGUGUGAGGUAAUGCUACAGCAGUACUCUGGCUCACCGCUGCCUCAGGAGCUACACCAGUUCAACACCUUGGCUUCACAGUUCUCCACACUGCCUCUCCACUUCCUCACCUACCACGGCCAGCAUGAUGUGAAGGCGGUGGUCAAGGCGAUGAGGGAGGCGGUGCAGGUGUGGGGGGUACAGCACAUCAUCAUCGACAACCUUCAGUUCAUGCUUGGGACGGGAAAGUCUGGGUCCUCGGCAGAGAGGUGGUGGGAACAAGAUUUAGCUGUUUCGAGUCUGAGAAGAUUCGCGACUCAGACCGGCUGUCACGUUACUGUCAUAGCUCACCCUAAGAAGGUACCAGAGGGCCAGCUGCUUGGGAUUGACAGUGUGUUUGGAAGUGCCAAGGUCACACAGGAGGCAGAUAAUGUUAUGAUAUUGCAGGUCAAAGCAGCGACCUCUUCCUUGACCUCUAGCAGAAAAGUCUUGCAAGUGGUGAAAAACCGGUAUGGGGGUCAGCUGGGUGACCUUCCCCUGCGGUUCCACAAGGACUCCCUGACCUUAUCGUCGUGUUUCAGGCAAAAGGUCAGAGAGAGGUCACAGAAGGGAGAGAGAGAGGGAAGUGGAGGGUCUCUGAAAAAGAUCAAUAUUAAAGGUUUGUCUAGAUUAGGGUUGUAAAAGAGAGAGAGAGAGAGAGAACUUUCAUCCCUCUCUCUCUCUCUCUCUCUCUCUCUCUCUCUCUCUCUCUCUCUCUCUCUCUCUCUCUCUCUCUCUCUCUCCUAUGGUUUGUAUUAAAGAAAACUCACUCAAAUCUCAAAAUUAGGUAAGAAAAAUAGAGAUUAGCUUUAAAAUUGUGAAAAAAAGGAAGAAAAUAAGAAAGAAUUGUUGUUGUUGUUAUUAUUAUUA